AUGCACUCAUCCAUGACAGCUCAGACCCCCGUCACUGUUGCGCACACUACUGGCAGCGCCACGUCAGCAGCCUCCUCAGCAUCCUCGUCGUCCACGUCAGCAUCGUCAUUGCUGGCUGAAAUGGAAACGGGCGGCAGCUGCCCCGUGCCGGGCGGCAUCAAGACGCAGUACAGACGAACCAAGGACUUUGUGCUGCUCUCCUGGCGAACGCCUGACUUUGAGAUCAUGGCUGCAUUCGACCCUCUCGCAACCAAGAAGCCAGCAAUCGCAGUGUGCAACGCCAUCUGUCACAUGCUGCAGCAGCUUGAGUCAGAGCUCUUCCUCCCAGGCUCCGUCAUCUUCUAG